AUGGUACAGGAGCCCUACAUUGGACGAAUAGGACAAAUGAAAAACUACACUGGGACGAGAAUAGCACAAAGUGACAGAAGCCAAACCACUGAAAAUGUGAUUAAGGCUGCUAUUGUGCUAUUCGACGACACCAUUGACAUGGCUCCUUGCCCAGGCCUAACGACGGAGAACAUCGCAGUCGCAAAGUUGAAGACUGGGGCAUGGGAGUUGGGAGUGGUGUCCGUCUACAUGGAGGGCGACAAACCUCUCGAACCAUAUCUUGAAAGGAUUGGAACGGCCGUGGUGGGCCUGGGGACAAGACACGUGAUACUCGGUGGGGACUUGAAUGCAUGGAAUACCUGGUGGGGAAGCCGGGAGACAAACAACAGAGGCAUAGAGGUAGCUGCAAAGCUAGAUGAAUUAGAACUCCACAUUCUAAACAAGGGGACUGAGCCAACGUUUGACGUUACAAGAGGAGGAAAGAAUUAUUCCAGCUGCGUGGACGUAACUACCUGCUCGACCAGCCUACUCGGAAGGAUAGAUAACUGGAGACUAUCCGAUGAAAUAACCAACUCGGAUCACAGGGCAAUCCUAUUUGAGAUAAAUUUAGAAAAAGCAAUAGGCACCGACAUAAAAAGAAUCACAAGAAUUUACAACACGAAAAAAGCAAAUUGGGGAGAGUUUCGUGGGAAACUCCUCCAGAUUUGGAAGGAUAUACGGUUAAACAAAGCAGCAAUAGAAAAAGUACAAAACACACAAGAAUUAGAAAUAACAAUAGAUAAAUACACAAAUUCAAUAACAGAAGCUUGUGAAAAUAAUAUACCUAAAUUAAAAAAUAAAAAACGAAUGGGGUUGCCCUGGUGGACCGACGAGCUCACACAGCGAAAGAAGGAAGUCUCCAGGCUAAGGCGUCGAAUUUCCUACGCAGCGCCAGUCCGCCGCGAGUGGGUGGUCGGGCAGUAUAUAAAAGCAAAGGAAGAAUACCAACAGGAAAUCAAAACAGCUCAGACCACCAGCUGGAAGGAAUUCUGUAGUAAGCAGGAGCGGGAAACAGUGUGGGAGGGAAUAUACAGAGUGAUAAGCCGUACAAUGUUGCGACAGGAGGACACUCCCCUUACUAUAGACGGGAGGACGCUCGAAGGUGAAGAAUCAGCCAGGAUUUUAGCAGAUACGUUCUAUCCAGAGGAUCGAAACGAAGACGAUGACGCGGAACACAGGGAAAUAAGACAAAUGGCAGAAACUGUAAAUGAAGGGGCAUCUGAUGGAUCAUGUGACCCACCCUUUACAGCGGAUGAGUUGCUGUGGGCCGUGUCUAGUUUUAGUCCGAAAAAAGCACCUGGUAUCGAUGGUUUUACGGCGGACAUUUGUGGAGCGGCUAUCGCCCUGGACUCGGCACUGUUUCUGGCACUUGUAAACAAAUGUUUCAGUCUUGCACACUUCCCUAUCAAAUGGAAGAGAGCGACAGUGGUAGUGUUGCGGAAACCCGGAAAAGAGACUUACACACACCCUAAAUCCUACAGGCCGAUUGGGCUUUUGCCUGUAUUAGGGAAGAUCUUCGAAAAAAUGGUAGUUCGGAGAAUCAAGUGGCACAUCGUACCAAAUAUAAGCCGUAACCAAUAUGGAUUUAUGCCACAACGCAGUACCGAGGACUCCCUCUAUGAUAUGAUGCAGUUUAUAAGAGCAAAGUUAAAAGACAAAAAGCUAAUCCUGCUUAUAUCAUUAGACAUAGAGGGAGCCUUCGAUAACGCUUGGUGGCCGGCAAUACGAUGUGGACUUGCGAAGACCGGGUGCCCAGUAAAUCUGAGGCGCCUGAUUGAUAACUAUCUUAAAGAUAGAACAGUGUGCGUCAGAUAUGCUGGAGCGGAGUGGGUAAAAAAGACCACUAAAGGGUGUGUGCAAGGCUCAAUAGGGGGGCCAAUAUUCUGGAAUAUACUGCUGGAUCCACUUCUGAAGGAGCUAAGUGCAAAAGAGUCCCAUUGCCAGGCUUUCGCGGACGAUGUGGUCCUGAUGUUCUCCGGGGACAUGGCAAAACAGGUACAGGAGCAGGCGAAUAAAACCCUCGCAUAUGUCCAGAAGUGGGGUGUCAGAAAUAAGCUCAACUUUGCACCACACAAAACAAAAGCGAUGAUCAUUACAAAAAAGCUAAAGUAUGACACACCACUUUUGGAAAUGAGCGGGAAAACCAUAGGCCUCUCCAGAGAAAUUAAAAUACUUGGCCUCACAGUGGACGACGGGCUUACAUUCAACACGCAUGUAAAGAAUGUGUGCUGCAAGGUACAGAACCUUUAUCGUCAGCUGUCGAGAGCCGCUAAGAUCCACUGGGGCCUGAACCCGGAGAUUGUUAGGACCAUAUAUGUCGCAGUGGUGGAACCGACUGUUAUGUAUGCGGCUAGCGCAUGGGUACCAGCAACUAACAAACAAAAAGUAAAAAAGAGAUUCGACUUGGUGCAACGCGGAUUUGUCCAAAAAAUAAUAAAAUCAUACAGGACGGUAUCGCUACACUCGGCCCUACUACUCGCCGGGCUGCUUCCAUUGGAUAUAAGAAUCCAGGAAGCGGCCUCGCUUUAUGCAAUAAAGAAAGACUUUUCCCGGCGAAUAGUAGGAGAUCGAGAGGUAGAGAGCAAAAUUAACUUUUCAGAGACCCCACAUCCCGCGGAUCAGGUCGGGCUUAACUUUGAAUGUCUGGUGGACGGUGCACAAAUAGACCAGAAGGACAAUAAGGCCCUGAAAAUCUACACAGACGGCAGUAAAAUCGAGGGAAAAGUCGGUGCGGCGUUAUCCAUCUGGAAUGACGCCGCAGAGACGUGUACCCGUAAACUGAAACUGGAAAAUUUCUGCACCGUCUACCAGGCAGAGUUGCUGGCCAUUCUCGAAGCAACCAGUUAUGCAUUAAAAUCUUGUGCACCUAAUUGCAAUAUUUAUAGUGAUUCGAGAUCAGCUCUCUCAACAAUUGCCCAAGACGUUUCCCUCCAUCCCCUAGCGGUGGAAGCAAGAAACAACAUACUUAAAAUAAAUAGGCAAGGCAAAACACUUAAUCUCUGUUGGAUAAAAGCCCACGCAGGAUUGGAGGGAAAUGAGAGGGCAGACGAGCUAGCAAAAGAUGCCGCAACAAAAAUAAAAAGAAAAGCAGACUAUGAAAAGUGUCCGGUUUCAUACGUCAAGCGACAAAUCCGAUUGGAAUCGCUUGACGAAUGGAACCGGCGCUACACAGAAGGCGAAACGGCCUCAACAACCAAAAUCUUUUUCCCAGACGCAGUCAAAGCCUACCACAUAAUUAAGAAAAUCGAUAUGGAUCCGAUGACGGUUCAAAUUAUGACAGGACAUGGGGGGUUCUCCGAAUACUUGCAUAGAUUUAAGUGUAAGGAGAGCCCCGCUUGUGCCUGUGAUCCAACAAAAAAUGAGAACAUAAUUCAUGUAAUUACGGAAUGUCCAAUUUAUGCCAGCGAAAAGUGUGACAUAGAAAUAGCAUUAAAUGUAAAAAUAAGUAAAGAAAAUGUACAUGAUAUUAUAGAAAAUAAGCACACUAGAGAUAAGUUUUUAAAAUAUUGUAAGAAAAUAGCAAGAAAAAUAGUAAAUAGAAAUAAAUAG